CACUGUAUUUGACCACGUUCAUAAUUAUAUAUAGUUUAGAAAACAUGUUGGGUUCUAUAGUAAUGUUGUUUGGUUUGUUUGCGUGUGCCCUGGCCGCUUCGGUCUCUUCAGGCCCUUUGUUGGCCACAGUUCCCCAGGGAUGUACCUGGAAUGGCACUUUUUACCAGAUGGGGGACUCUAUCAGAAAGUCUGCCUGUGAGCCGUGUUACUGCGGCCAUAACGGGCACAUCAACUGCGCCAUUGUGGACUGUUUUUUCACGCUCUGUGUCGACUCCGUCCAUGACCCAGAUCAUUGCUGCCCACAAUGUCCAAAUGGCUCUAACUGCAUGGGACCAAACAACACGAUUAUCAAGAAGGGCGAGACAUAUCAGCCAGACCCACUCACCACGUGCGAGUGUCCGCAGAACCAAUUCGGCUUCCACGCAAACAAGGCCAUCUGCGCACAAAGUUUAGUAACCGAUGCCCCUCUGGUUGUCAGCUAGUUAAAAUAGGCGAAAUGUGUAUGCCAUGUUGAACUGUAAACUUGUGUCAAUAAAUAUUGAUUAGUAGAA